AUGGAGGAGACGGGGCGGAUGAUUGGCAGUGAGCUCGACGGCGAGGCGGAGGGGCUGUCGGGUUUGGGGAUAGCCAAUGACGGAAGGCGACGGUCUGGGUCGAAGGAGGCGGCGAACAAGGGUCGGGCAGCGGUGAAGGAUGUCGGAGAUCUAGGGAGUGGGUUCGGUCGCUGUCAGAGCGGGAGGACAGGCGUGGUGAUGGUCGGCGAUGAUGUGAAGGUUCAGUAUGCGAUUCUUGGGAUCUCGAAGACCGCCUCCGCCGCUGAUGUCAAGAAGGCUUACCGCCUUCUCGCUAGAAAGUACCAUCCUGAUGUGAGCCGAGAUUCACGAGCUGGUGAGGUCUUUAAGAGCAUUCGGUUGGCAUAUGAGGUGCUUUCCAAUGAGGUUGCAAGGGCAAGAUACGACAUGUUAUGCAAUUUCCCGGAAACCAGAAGCCCUUCAUGGAGGAGGAGAUAUGCCCAUAGCCCUGAAUCUUAUGAUACAUUCUACAAAUGGGCCAAAUUAAGGCAGCAUAUGCAGUACGAGAGGCAUAAAAAAGAGCAGGCAACAUCACGGCAGUAUCAUACAAACCCACAUCAAGAAACUUCAGGUUAUGAGCGAGGCUCCUUCAGUGAAGUUCUUCGCUUCGCCUUUGUCACUCUCUUCUUUAUGCAAAUUGUUGGGCACCGCGCAUCCCUUGCACUAUGUGGAGCCAUUGCUUUGCUUGAUCAGCAGUUGGAUGUUGGAUAUAAGAUGGGAUAUGUGAUUGCUAUGCUUUUUGGAGGGAGAGGGGGUAUUUUGCUUGCACUUUGCAUAUAUUUUGCGAGUUGGCUCUGUGGGAAGAAGAGCAGCAGCAUUGUGGCUUUAGUGGUGCUGGCAAUGUGGGUUGGAGCUAAUAUUGCGAGGUUUGCUCCCCUUCCUCAAGGUGCGGUUCUUACAUUGUUAUACAUGUCUAUAAAGUUUCAUGCUGAUUCAAAAUAAGGCAAUAUUGAGAAAGUAACGUUCUAUGUAAUUGUUCAUGCUGUAUAUAUUCGAUAUAUUUUGUACGUAGUUC